AUGGCAGAUCCAAUCUCAAUCAUUGGUCUUGUCGGCCAAGCUGCCCAUCUUCUCAGCCGCUUGUAUGAUUACGUGCAGACAGUGCGAUCAGCUAAAAAGGAGGUAUACGAGUUGUACACGGAGAUUCUGGCCCUGAAAGGAAUUCUGGAGCAGAUCAAUCAGCGACAGCCAGCUGCACAGGAAGGCAAUGUAGGCGAGUGGGCUCUGGAAUCGUCUCAGCAGUACAAAGAUACGUUGGGUGCGACGAGCGUACUUUUAAAGUCCAUGCUGGAAGAUUUGACACCAAGAAAGGACUCGAAGCUGGCGAGUCUUACGUGGGCAAGACACAAGUCAUCUGUUCUGGAACAGACCACGAAGGUGGAGAGAGCAAAGAGUUUCUUUGUUCUGGUACUGAUGAAUGAUGCUUCUGUGUCACAGCAAGAUAUUGUGGCACUUGUGAAGGGCAUUUCGACUUCCCUUGCACUUGAUCGCCAGGAAAGGGAGCAGGAGAAGGCGUAUGACAAGAUCAGAGCAUGGCUCGCACCGUUCAAUCCCGAUUCUCUACACGCGAAAGCAGGAGGAAAUCAACAGCCUGGCACGGGAUCCUGGUUUCUCAACGGCCCAUUCUCCAUGUGGCUUCAUGGUAGAGAUGAUCAGUUCCGAGAGUGGUGUGCACAAGAGCGUGAGGCUGCGAAAAGGUUGAAGAAUGGUCCUGAGCCAACUUGGGGAAGUCAGACGCGACAUCCGAUGGACGAGGAUGCUCGUUUCUUGUUUCUUGCAGGCCCAUCAGGUUUCGGGAAGACUGUUCUGUGUGCUUCGGCCGUGAAGAUGGCAAAAGAGGCUCCAGGAGCCAGGGAUUGCACGGCUUACUACUACUUUUCGGCCAGUUAUCCAAACUCCCAAUCUCCCAAUGCGAUGCUGGGCUCUGUCCUAUCACAGCUAUGCAGGCAGGAUGACUCUGUACUCGCUGUGCUUCGAUCAGAGUGCGAUCGAGGUGACGUACUGGAUGAGAAGCUGCUGAUCCAGCACAUAGCUCAGUGUUGCAAUUCCAUGUCGGAAUCAUAUAUAUUUGUCGAUGCCAUCAACGAGUCAACAAUCACAAAAAAUGUCCUUGUCUCCCUCUAUCGGAUCAUGUCGCAAGCUAAAAGUGUACGAAUCUUUGUUACUAGCACCGAGUACAUGGUCCGUCUGUCGGUUUACAUCCAAGAGGUCCAAGCGAAUGUGUACCUGAGACCAGCACACAUUAACGAAGACAUACGGGCCUACGCCAUGCAAAGACUGGAAAUGGAUGAGCCCACAUGCUUCCUAUCUAGCGCAAGGAAAGAACAGCUUGCGACAUCGCUUGUGACCCAAGCUGAAGGAGUAUUCAGAUACGCUGCUUGCCAACUUGACUCAUACUCCCGCAUGCACACGGGUAGAGAGGUAAUAAGAGCAAUGAACAAGAUGCCAGAAGAUCUGUUCAAGGUCUACGCUGAAAGCUUAAGUCAAGUGCCCCGCCAAGAUCGAGAUUUGGUCCGGGAAGCAUUGCUCUGGGUCAUGAACGUAAAGCAGCCACUUACCUUGGGAGCAUUGGCUGAGGCGGUCGUGCUUGAGCUCGAAGACACGUACAUGGAUGCAGAAUUAAGGCUGGCAAAUCCACGAGAGAUCCUGACCAUGUGUCACGGCUUGCUUGACCAUGAUCAAGAAACUGCCCAAGUUUUCCUCAGUCACGCGACGAUUCGUGACUUCCUCUCCUCUGUCCCCGAAGACAAUGUGGAUGUGUGGUAUCGCCCAAACACGGAUUCGGUGGGCGAAAACGACAGGCGGAUAUUUGACAAGUGUAUGACAUACCUAAUGUUCGACGACUUUGCAAACGUCUGCGCCGAUAUGGCUGAACUCAAUGCGCGAAGAGACCGCUACCCUCUCCUUGACUAUGCUGUGCAAGCUUGGCCAGUCCACUAUCCAAGAGAUGACGCAGCUCUAGCUUCCGUAAUACGUUUGUUCGCAAGUCGCACCAAGAAUGGCGGCAACUACGCAACGUGGGUACAAACUCUGAUCAAUGACGUUCCGCCCAAGGUGGCACUCUUGACAGAGCCUCUCUAUUACGCCGCGUCGUUCGGUCUCCUUCCUGUCGUUGAGCAUCUUGUCGCAACAGGCUCAUCCAUCGACCUACCAGGAGGCCGCGCGCUUGCCCCUCCACUACAAGUAGCUGUAUUCCGUGACAACACACGUGUUGUGGAGUUUCUCCUGAAGAACGGCGCUGACCCUAACUCGAAGAAUGCCGAUGGUCUCACUAAUAUGGAAUGUGCCAGGCUGAGGGACAAUUGGCAAGUAGAGUACUUGCUUCAAAAACAUGGUGCAGCCGAACCGGACGAAAAUAAAGCACCAGAUCCAAUGGGCAGAGCGUUCGACAGAUGGGCGAAGUGCUGCCAGUGUGGAGGAGACUUCGUUUGGGGCAGCGCCAUGUACGGAGCAUGCGGGAUGUGUACACAUAAGAUGUGUGUUGACUGUCGAAAUGUUGCUAAAAAACGAUGA